AUGAGUGAAAGAGUGAGAGAAAAUCUGAAAGGUAAAAAGUCCUCCGGUGAGGAAUGUACGACUUUUGUCGAUAAUCUUAACAAGAGAGUCUCUAGGAGAGUGAUCAGGGAACUAUUCCAUUGUCAAGGUAAGGUGUUACGGGUAUAUAUUCCGAAUAUUUCCAAUAAGCCAAAAUACAGGAACCAUACAUUUGCUUUUGUUCAGUUCGAGAAGGAGGAAGGUUUAAGGAAGACGAUUAUGAAUAUUAAUGGAACAUGGAUAGAUGGUAAAAGAAUUAAUGUUGGGGUUGCAAAAUAUCAGAGUCAUCAAUCCAGUUUAGUUGUUACUUCAAAUAAACAAAAGGAAGUAGAUAACUCAAAAAAGGGCGUAUUCAGGAGAAGGGAUGAGGGAGCAGAGCUUUCAGGCAGUUUGAGGGAUGAAAUAUCAUACAAAGAUGCUCUGGUAUUAAAUGAAAGGAUGAGGGAUGAUCUGGUGGUUGAAGAUAAAAGUGACGGUAAUAAGGGGAAGAUUUCUGGGAUAAGAAAUGUGUAG